AUGUCAAAGGAGAAUCCAAGAUUGGCACAAAGUACAGGUGGAUUGACUGCUUUCCUAGAACAUAUGAGGAAGCAUACCUUCUCUACCUCACAACCUCAUUCAAAGCCUCGUUUGGUAAAAGAAGGUUCAUUGCCAAAGAUAUCAAUAGUAACACCUACUAAGGAGCAUUUGAAACCUAUUGAAGAUGAUGAGGCCAAGAAGAGAGCUGUGUUGUGGGCUGUCCUAGCUUCAUACUUGCCAACAGACAAGUUCACAUUGCAGAAGGAGUUUGUGAAGCAUGUCGAGUAUACCUUGGCACAAACCGAGCAUGAAGCUAAUGCCUUCUCAGGCUUUGAAGCAUUGGCAUUAUGUACAAGAGAUAGAUUGAUUGAGAGAUGGAAGGACACUAGGUUGUACUUUAAACAACAUGGAGUGAAGCAGGUAAACUACCUGUCUUUGGAGUUCCUACUUGGAAGGUCACUUCAGAAUGGUCUGAUGUCGCUAGGCCUCGUUGGAAAGUACUCAGAGGCAUUGAUGGAGCUCGGUUACCAUCUUGAAGACCUCUAUGAAGAGGAGCAUGACGCCGGUCUAGGCAAUGGAGGUCUUGGUCGUCUGGCCGCUUGUUUCAUGGACAGCCUUGCCACAAUGGACUACCCUGCAUGUGGCUACGGUCUCCGUUACACCUACGGCAUGUUCUUCCAGUCGGUGCAGGACGGAGAGCAGGUCGAGUUGCCCGACUACUGGCUCAACUAUGGCUCGCCUUGGGAGAUUGAGCGUCUGGACAUCAACUACCAGAUCUACUUUGGUGGCUACGUCGAGGAGAACACUGGCGAGGGCGGCAAGAAGGAGUUUGUGUGGAAGCCCGAUGAGACUAUCGUCGCAGUCGCCUUUGACUAUCCGAUCCCAGGCUACAACACAUUCAACACGAUCAAUAUUAGAUUGUGGAGUGCCAAGCCAUCUAAUGAGUUUGAUCUGGCCUCGUUCAACAAGGGUGACUACAUUGGCUCGAUCGAGGAGAAGCAGCGCAGUGAGAACAUCACCAACCUACUCUACCCCAACGACAACACGAUGCAGGGCAAGGAGUUGAGACUUCGCCAACAGUACUUCUUUGUCAGUGCCACCAUCCAGGACAUCGUGACGCACUUUAAGAACACGCACAAGAACUUUAAGGAGUUCCCAACAAUGCAUGCCAUCCAGCUCAACGACACUCACCCGACCCUGGGCAUCCCCGAGUUGAUGAGAAUCCUGAUGGACGAGGAGGGACUAUCCUGGGAUGAGGCCUGGGACAUCACCACCAAGACCUUCUCCUACACCAACCACACGGUCCUCCCUGAGGCCCUUGAGCGUUGGUCCGUCUCACUGUUUGAGAAGCUGCUGCCAAGACACCUCAGCAUUAUCUAUGCUAUCAAUGAGUUCUUCUUGGACCAAGUGGAGGAGAAGUGGCCAGGACAGGGACAGAUCAGAAGAGCCAUGUCCAUCAUCGAUGAGUCUGGCGGAAGAACCGUCCGUAUGGCCUACCUGGCAAUCGUUGGAUCACACACCAUCAAUGGUGUUGCGGAGCUACACACCGAGUUGAUCAAGUCUGAUGUGUUCCCAUUGUUCUACGAGAUGUGGCCACACAAGUUCCAGAACAAGACCAACGGAGUGACGCCAAGAAGAUGGAUUCAUCAGUGCAAUCCACAGCUUAGCACCUUGAUCACCAAGACAUUGAGCACAUCUCGUUGGGUCGUCAACCUAGACAUCAUCAAGGAUCUCAGGAAGCAUGCCGAUGAUCCCCUGUUCCACAAGCAGUGGAUGGACAUCAAGAGAAACAACAAGAUCAGGAUGGCCAAGCUCAUUGAGAAGGAGACCGAGAUCGUCGUCAAUGUCGAUGCUCUGUUUGACGUGCAUGUCAAGCGUUUCCAUGAGUACAAGAGACAGUUGCUCAACAUCCUGGGUGUGAUCAAUCGCUACCUGGAGAUCAAAGCCGGCAAGCCCAAGCAACCUAAGGUGGUGAUCUUUGGAGGCAAGGCCGCGCCAGGCUACUUCAUGGCCAAGCUCAUCAUCAAACUGAUCAACGAUGUGGCCGCAGUCAUCAACAAUGACGCCCAAGUUGGCAACAUGCUCAAGAUCAUAUUCAUUCCAAACUAUGGAGUGUCAAACGCAGAGAUCAUUAUUCCAUCGUCCGAUGUAUCCGAACAUAUUUCGACGGCAGGCACAGAGGCCUCAGGUACCAGCAACAUGAAGUUCUCAAUGAAUGGAGGCCUGAUCAUUGGCACACUGGACGGCGCCAACAUUGAGAUCCGUGAGGCCAUUGGCAAGGAGAACAUGUCCAUCUUUGGCGCUGUGGCCAGUGAGAUUGCCAAGAUCCAGAAGGAGAUCCAUGAGGGCACGUUCAAGCCCGACACUCGCUGGCUCGAUGUCAUCACGGCCAUCAAGAAGGGAAUGUUUGCCAAUGCAGCAGAGAUGCAGCCAAUCUUGGACAGCAUCACCAAUGGCAGGGACAACUAUAUCCUGUCGUACGACUUUGUCUCCUACCUCGAUGCGCAGAAUCAGAUCGAUCAGGCCUACCAGGACAAACACAAGUGGGCCAAGAUGUCAAUUCUUGCAUCCGCCGGCUGUGGCAAGUUCAGCUCCGAUCGCUCCAUUAGGGAGUACGCCGAGCAGAUAUGGCAUGUUGAGCCAUGUCGUCGCUCGGGACCAAUCGCCGUGACCAACGAGGAGUACCAAUCGAUCACAAAGUCUCCAGUGGGAAGUCCAUUCGAUAAGAACAUGAGUCCGAUGAUUUCAGUCGAGAGAUUGACGCCCAACCUGACACCAAAGGGCACAGGCGCACAUCCUACCAUCCACAAGGAUGCCCUUUUGCCCAAGACAGUCAUCAAAGGUUUCCAAGUCAAUGAGUCUUGA